GAAAAUAAAAAAUAAAAGGGGGGAGCCCUUAAUCCCGGCUUAUACUACGACAAACAAAAUACAAGAGUGUGCAAUAAUUUGGCCCCGUGCCUAAGAAGAAGAAAAGAGCUUAUACAAUCGGGGGCACCAACUAACAGAAACAAAAUUGAAGAAAAAGCCGCACACAUUCUUGUCGGUCUGCCUAAAAGUGUUGUGAAGUUAGGGAGGGGAAUUGGUUUGUUGAGAUGGGGUUUAAUAGAGGAGGAGGAGGAGGAGGGGGACGUUACGGAGGUUAUAGUGCUGGAAACCAUGCUAAACAAGAACCAUUUGAAGUCUUUCCUGAAAUCAAGGAAACCCCCGUUGUCAAUCUUAAACAAAUAGGAGAAAAUUUCAGGAGUUUAGUUUCAUGGGGUAAUGAAUUGCAGAAGUUUUGGAUUUCCUCUCCUUAUCAUUUGGGGAAUAUGGGUGAAGAUGCUAAAAAAAAUGCUGGUGUCUUUCCAAUGAUGACUGAUGAGUAUUUUCCUGCUGAACUAGUUGCAGGGAAGGUGAAGCAUAUCAAUAAGAAGAUUCGAUGGGAUCCGCAGUCAGACCUACAGAGGUUGGAUAUUUUUGAGAAGCUGGAUCAAGGGCCUCAGGGUCAAGAUGCUGGUGACAAGGAAAAGAACGAGGAUGAAGAUGAUGAUGACGAAGACAACGAAAAUUUUGAGAAGGAAGAAGACGAUAGUGGUGAUGAUUAUAUACAGAACAUUGAUUUUGAUGAUGAUGAAGACGAUUUCAACCCAGUUGAGGAUCAUGGUGAUGAUUAGGGUUGUUACUAGGAGAUCAGAAGUUUAUAGGUAUUGAUAGUAAAUCUCUUGAUAUAUGUUUCUGUUUGUAGUCAGAGUUCAAAGAUGACAAGGAUUAAAUUUGAGGGUGAGGCUAUUCAACAAGGUUAUUCAGAACC